UUGAUGAAAAAAAGAAACACGUUAUCCGUCCCACCGCUCCCCGUGUGGGUGACCUGACCCAAUGCGGAAUCGGCCUUCUGCCUGAUUCUGCUGGCGGAUGCUGUUGUAGCAGCUUCUUGACUUCAUGAUCGCCAACCGCUUCAGGAGCUCCGCAGGAGAGGUACCAUGAUGAGGACAGCGAUCCUUAUACUGUGGCUGACCGUGUCUUCCUCCGCCAGUGUCAUUCCUUCCUGGGAACAUCAGAUGGCGCUGCGGAAAUUCUCAGUGAACGGUUUCCUUCGUCAGAGCCACGAAAUGCUGCUGAAGCUGGUUUCAAGUGUGCCCACUCUGUUGCCAAGACUGGACGCCCAAGAAUGCCUCAAGCGCACCAUAUGCGAGGCACACAACAAACCGCGUCAGUACGGGAUGCUUGGGCAGGCUCUUCAGAUUGCAUUUCCGGCCUUGCAGUCAUGGCCUGGAGUAGAAGAGAACAGCCCUAUAAGCCCCCUUCAGCUUGCUGCUCGCUACGGCAGGGACCCUAAUGCUGACUGCGGACGACAUUACGACGGUUGCCUGCUAGACAUCCUCGACACACUCCAAGUGCUCGUUGACUACUUUGUCGUCAGGAAGAAACCCAGCUAAACCCAUGUCCGGGAACUUCUUUCACGAAGGCCAAAGGACUACAACCCAGAAGGGGAACGCGUAUUGAACACAUCCUCGAACAGAACGAGGUCUCCCGAGACACUGCAAGGCAAAGUGGGAAACACCGAGGUACACUGUGCAAAUAUAUCUGCCUCAAUAUCGCUUGGUUCGCGAAGGCGUGCAUCCCAGGAGUCAUCUGCUUCAAAUCGUCGUGUGCAAAUAACAACUAAUACAAGCAUACACCU